GUUGAUAGCAAUAUUGAAAUGCUGAAAGAUCAAAUUUUUAAAACAGCCGCUGAGCAAUCCUACUGGGGAGAGCCGAUACCUGCAAAAUGGAUAACACUUGAAAACAUCAUAGUCAGUUUAAAAGAUCAGGGUUUAAAGGUUCUCCACAAAGGCAAGCUUCAUGAUCCUGUUUUUAAGGUUUCAUCAUGAAUCUGGAAAUUUACUGUAUUACAGUGAUGCCAAUCUGAGUGAUAGUAUUAUCAUUGACCCUCAGUGGUUGAUAGAUGCCUUUAAAAGCCUCAUUACCGCCAGAAUGUUCUGCUGCAGACAGCCGAAAAUAUUUGAAAAAUGGAUCCAAUUUGACGAGUCGGCUAUCUUGACUAGGGAGAUUGUUGAAGCAGUUUGGGAAAACUCUAUGUUUCACGAGCACAUUGAACUCUUACUGGACUACCUUGAGAAGCUGGGAAUCAUAGCUAAACCUCCGCAACAAAUUGACGAAACUGAGGUGACAAAUUACUAUUUUGCCCCAUGUUUUGGAAAAAAGCCUCCACCAGAAGAUCUAGCAUGUAAUGAUUGUGAGGACCGAAGGUCAACCAGUAAAUUGUGUUUCAAGACGAGGUCAGGAUUUCUACCCACAGCUGUUUUCAACAGACUUCUAGCAGCAUGCAUCAGUAAAUGGCCUCUGACCAAAAUUAACGGAAAGCGCUCAGUCUUUUGCGGAUGUGGUAUAUUUGAUCUCAAAGACAACCAUAUACUUUAUGUGUAUUUUUUCGACCAUGUUAUACAAAUUUGGAUAACAAAAUUAAGCGCUAAAGAUCGAGAGCCAAGUACGUCCUUGUGUUUAGAUGCGUAUGCUUUUGUCUUGGAUCUUCUCCAAAACAGGUUACGUUUGACAAGUGCUAUGGAGGUUUUUCUAAGAAGUCAGUGUUCAGACCUCCAUUCCAAUCACAAAAUGUGUACAUUUGAUGAGAAAGCUAAAAAAACGGAGGUAGUAUGCAGCUGUAGGUCAGAGAAGCACGUGCUAAGAACAAAUGAGCUUACUAAAUACUGGCAGCUUUCCAAGGCAGAUCCAAAAGUCAAGCCAAAAGUUCUAACUGAUAAAGACAUCAACCGCAUGGCACAGCACAUCGGGAAAGAAUACAAGUCGUUAGGGUUUGAACUGGGUCUGUCUCAAGUUGAAAUUGAUCAUAUUAACCUUGAUUCUGAAACAACGACCGAUAGGACAAGAGAGAUGUUAAUGAAAUGGAAAAAUAAGGAAGAAGGGGAAGUUACUCUAGAAAUGUUGAAAAAUGCCAUGGAAGAGGCUGUCGGUAUUGAUGCACAAGAGGUGCUACAAAAAGCAGACAUAUCUAUUUAAAGAAAUAUAUCGAAUUCAAAAAGUAACAAUAAAAGACAUAAUAUAUAGCUUCAAUGAAUACAGUGAAAAACAACUUUUGCUAAUUUCUGGGAUGCUGUUUUAUGCCGUAUCGGCAAAACAAAAUUAUCUUAAACGAGCUCUCUUCUUAAUAUGUUGUCAUAAGUUAAGUGUACAUUCUUCAAGAUACCUGGAGAAGAAAAUUCUAAUGUUCCUACCUGGAAUAGAAAAUUGGACCUCGUGAUCCAUAAACUUGCACUCUAACCUAGUCACUGAAUGGUUAGCAACAGCAAGGCUACUGGAACUGGUUUAUUCAUGUACUAUUCGCAAAACAUUCUCUCCCGUUCAGUAACCUUUCCUUGCUCACUAGCUCUUAAGAAUGUCCCUGCAUGUCCGCCAUAUGAGUCCGUCAAUUAAUUCUGACAUCAUUAGAGUAAUGCUAGAUGAAGAAAACUCAAAGGUCCAUACCAGAGAUCGAAACCCGGACCUCGUGAUCCGUAGGCGGACACUCUUGUUACGUCACUGAAUGGUAACGCAACAGCAGGGCUGUUUUAAAAAUGGCGUAUAAACUCUAUUACUUCUCUUCUCUCUCUAGCUGUAUUUACAUUAUUCUUAUUUCAUAGAGUCCUCUUAUAGCUGAAACCCCAAGAUAUUCAUUCUUUGCAUAAACGAGUUUUUGUUGCUAGUAUUCACAACAAACUAAAUCUUAUUUGCUAUUUAUGAAUGUUUAUAUAUAGUCUAAUCCUCAUUUUAAAUCAUUGAUUCUCAACUUGUUUUCUGAAAAAAACUGUCACUUUUUUAGUUUGAGUGCACACUUAUCCUUUGUUUUGCUAUAUAGAUUUUAGAGUGUCUACUAUUGUGGCGAGAUACCUAUGUUGAUUUGAUUUAGUAGUCACAUACCUUAAGAUUCGUACCUAAAAUAUUCAUACCACGUUUUCGACCCACCGAUGAGCCGUCAUAAUUCAGUAGACUUAAUUAAGUAAACAUUAAUCUUUCAUGAAUACAUAGAAGAGAGAAAGUUCUAUCUACUACUACGAUAAAACCAAUAUAUUAAGGCGUUAAUAAUGGAAAAUAUACAAAGAUUAGUCAAAUUACGCACUUAGAUGAUCAUUGUACUAAGGAGCUUGAUUUUGUCAUUAUCAUUGAGCGCUCAUUAAUUACAGUUGGGAAAAAGGUUAUAAAUACCAGGGCAGCAUCACGAAGUGAUCAGAAUCUGCCAAGCUACCGAGUGAAUAACAUCGCUGAAAAAUAAAUAAUAUAAUGAAUUGUCAAAUACUAUCGGGUUCUUGACCCCCUAUCAUAGUCUGGGUUCUUACUCAGAACAUUGCGUUCCGUUUAAGUUCCACGACGAUAGGAACUCGACAUCUGGUGGUAUUUAGGUAAAAUCUUAAUGUAUGGUAUUCACCUCAGGCAUAGUUUGUUGUGAAUCGCCAUACUACAAGAGAUCCCAUCCACGAAUUUUGAGUGCU